AUAUCAAUUGACAAAACAAACUAAACAACAAAUACAUAAUCAUAUGAUUUGAUAUCAUUAUCAGAAAAAAAAACUAAACACUAAUUAAAUAGCUAUUAGUUUUGGAUUAUCAAUACUAAUGGAUCAACUGUUGGAAACAUCGACAACAACAACAACAUCAUCGACGACAACAACUCUUGAGACGGAUCAAAUCAGCGAUGAUAGCGAUGAGGAAGUGGAGCCGAAACUGACGUACGAAAGGAUUACCAACGAUGUGACGGCAAUACUGAAGAAAGAGUCGGCCACUUGUCUGGCCGUACACUCGAAGUUUAUAGCAUUGGCCACACAUUUGGGCAAAAUUAAUAUCAUCGACGUAUUGGGCAAUCGUGUAAAUGAUCGCGAAUUAUGUCUGCACAAGACAUCCAUCAAUCAGAUCAGUAUCGAUGAAAAAGGCGAAUAUCUGGCCUCCAGUUCCGAUGACAGAAUUGUUAUCAUAGGAUUGUAUUCAUCGGACAACAACUAUCACAAUACAUUUGACCGACCCAUCAGAGCCAUAGCCAUUGAUCCGUAUUUUAGGAAACGGCAGCGUUUUGUUGUCGGCGAAGGAGAUAAAAUUGUUUUAUACGAAAAGACAUUUUUGUCUCGAUAUCGGCCGAUAAUUCUCCAACAAUCGAAAGGCCAGAUCCGGAACAUCCGAUGGCGGACACAAUUCAUUGCUUGGGCCAGUGAUUUGUGCGUCAAAAUCUACGAUAUUGAAGACAAAGCUGUUAUCACUUAUAUUGAAAGAGAUAAAGACAACGAUUUGCAAAGAUUUAGACCUGAACUCUUCAAAUGUCACUUUUGCUGGAAAGACGACAAAACAUUGCUGAUUGGUUGGGCCGACACUAUAAAGAUCUGCUGUAUUAAACAAAAACCAAACAACGAACUGCCCCGUCGUUACGUCCAAUUAACCGCGUCGUUAAAUGUCGGUUUCGGUGUCUGCGGUAUAGCACCGAUAGAAUCGAAACUUGUAGUACUCUGUGUUAACAAAGAGGCCAAUCAAUUGGACAAUACGUUUAACUGUAGAGUAGAAGUUAUCGAACCGAUUGGAACCGAUGGUUACGAAGAAAUUUCAAGUGAUAUAUUAUCGCCAAAGUCUUUCAACAAUUGUCGCAGUAGUGACUAUCACGUGGACUGUUUGCCUGAGGAAGGAUUGUAUUUGAUUCUAUGUCCGAAAGAUUUGAUUAUUGCCAAACCGCGCGAAGAAGAUGAUCACAUUACAUGGCUUCUGGAACAUCAACAGUACGAAGAAGCUCUGAAAGUGGUUGAAAACAACAACAACAAUAAAAACAUCAGAAAACAUACAGUUCUAAGUGUCGGAAGUGUUUAUCUAAAGUCACUGUUAGAUGAGUCACCAACCAAUCACAGUCAAUAUGAAAAGGCGGCUAAACUUUGUUGUCAAAUAUGUGGAACCGAUAAGACUGCGUGGGAAAAUCAAGUGAUGCGUUUCAAACGUAUUGGUCAGCUGAGAGUAAUGGCUCCAUAUCUUCCUCGCGGACCCGAACUCAUACUCGAUCCGGCCAUCUAUGAGAUUGUACUGAAAGAGUUCUUGGAAUUGGAUAGCAAAGGAUUUUUGCAGACAAUACGCCAAUGGAAUCCCAAUAUCUAUAGUAUUUCGACUAUAGUUAAGGCAACACUGGGUGUGUUGACAAUUGAUCCAAAAAAUCGAAAUCUAUUGGAAGCGUUGGCCGAAUUGUAUUCACACGACGGCAAACACGACAAAGCGUUGACUAUUUAUAAAGAUAUCGGAAAUAAAGUACAAGUGUUUGAUUUGAUUCGGAAAUAUGGUUUAUACGCCAAACUUCAGGAACAGAUGGAAGUAUUUUUCCAAUUGAAUUCAGAAGAGACGGCAAAACUAUUAAUUGAAAAUCAAGAGAUAAUUCCCGCCGAAUUAGUGGUCAAACAACUCCGUCCAAAACCUCAACUAUUGUUUGUCUAUUUGGACCAAUUGGUCGCACAUAAAGACUCAGAAGUCUGUUCAGCGCAUCACGGAUUACUUGUCCAACUCUAUGCCCAAUACUCGCCCGAUAAGCUGAUGGCAUUCCUCAGGAGUUCUAAUUACUAUGAAUUGGAAACUGCUUUAGAAGUUUGUCGCAAAAAGAAUUUAUUCAAUGAAGUUGUGUUUCUUUUAGGACGAAUGGGUAAUACUAAAGAAGCACUUCAAUUGAUUACCGAUAAACUCAAUGAUAUUAAUUACGCCAUCGAGUUCUGCAAAGAGCACUCAGAUUCAGAACUUUGGGAAGAUUUGAUCCGCUACUCAAUGAAUAAGCCGAGGUUUAUACGGGUUUUACUUCAAAAUAUUGGCACACAUAUGGCUGAUCCCAUUGCACUGAUACACCGGAUACCAGAGGGUCUCAAAAUUGAUGGACUGAUGCAAGCAUUGGUCAGAAUACUUCAGGACUAUAAUCUACAGACUGAACUGGAAGAUGGCUGUCGACGUGUCUUAGUUUCCGAUUGUUAUUCGUUGCUUCAGAAACUCAAUCGAGUUCACAAAAGAGGUCUUCUUGUCGAUGAAGACUAUAUUUGUCACGGAUGUCAGCGAAAAGUGUUUGCCAGAGAGAUCCGCUACGCAAGUGAUAUAAUUGUGUUCAACUGUCGCCAUGUUUUUCACGAAACUUGUUUGUUGACCACAACCGGCGAAUUUGUUUGUCUUAUAUGUAGUGCUCAAGAAAGAAGUGAAUUCAAGAUAUCAUAGUCUAUAAG